AAAAAUGAUUGAAAUUACAAUAAAUGACAGGCUCGGAAAGAAAGUUCGAAUUAAAUGUAACCCUACCGACACAAUUGGAGAUUUAAAGAAAUUAGUUGCUGCACAAACUGGAACUAGAGCAGACAAGCUAGUUUUGAAAAAAUGGUAUACAACAUACAAGGACCACAUUACACUCCAAGACUAUGAAAUACAUGAUGGUUUUAAUUUUGAAUUGUAUUAUCAAUAAAUUUGGGUGUGUUGAAUUGUUGAAAAUUGAAUGAGGGAAAACGGUGUUUUCUAAUCUGC